AGUGCCCCUGUUUAGAUCUCAGCAUACCGUCAGGUCAAUGCACUCACGUCGCUCACAAGAGUAGGCCAGGUGAGUCUCAGGUAAGGUGUGACGUCAUCAUGGUACUUUUGAACUCUCCGGUUGUAAAUCUAUAAAGGUGUGUACUUGCUGCUCAGGUAGCCGGCCAUUGUGUGUCUCUGUGUGUGUGCGCACGAGUUAGUGGCGUCUGAGUGUUGGGGAAAACAAGAGACGUUGAAGUUGCUGCGAAUAAACACCGAAAAUGGUCCAGGAGGUUUGAGUGGUUUACCUGAGAGAGGCUGCUGGUCGCCAGCAUGUACCCUAACUCCCAGCCGGCCAGAUUCCCGGCGCAGACGCUGCCUAUCAACAGUCAGUACAUGGUGCCGCCGUAUGACUUCACCUCUUACCAUCACAUGCCGGGAGUCGCCGACCCAUCCGCGAGUGCAUGGAAUCCCGUUUACCGCGAGGAGUACCCCUUCAACUUCCCGGGUUCCAGCCCUGGCGCCGGGCAGGUGAACUUCAACUCAGCAGAACUGAGCGGCAUGUCCGCCGGCCCUGGAGGAGGAGCCCUCAACCAAUACAACCUUUUCUCUAGUCAGGACCCCUUUUGCCGCAGGAGACCCCAUGAGCCCGCCAAGGUCCCGGCCCCUCCAGGAGGAAAGACUCGCACAAAGGAAAAAUACAGGGUGGUUUACACGGACCACCAGCGGCAGGAGCUGGAGAACGAGUUUCAGUUCAACCGCUACAUCACAAUGAGGCGCAAGUCGGAGCUGUCCGUGGCACUGAACCUCUCCGAAAGACAGGUGAAGAUCUGGUUUCAGAACAGACGCGCCAAAGAAAGGAAGAUCCACAGGAAGAAGCUGCAAGAUUCCCAGCAGCCCUCCACGUCCACCUCCACCCCGCCUGUGCCCACUGGGUCCAGUGACGGCCACAACGCACCAAGCCCAGGCAGCAAUAUUCUACCAAGUGCCAUAUCAGAAGAGUACAAGAUGGAGUUCAUAUGACUGGGAAGUUGUUUUUGUUUUGUUUUUUUAACAGAAUGAGAGAAGAGAUUCGUAAAGUGUUGAAAUGAUGAACUGUGAGCCAUUCACAAUAAGGGCAUUAGUCUGAAAUGAACUAUUUUUUGACAACUUUAAUCUGUGAAUGCGGAUGACUCCGCAGAUACUGUUCAGACCCAGAAUGAAGAGAUAUAAAUGGUCACAAUGAAGGAAAAUGUUAAAAUUAUGUUUGCCCAUGCUGGAAUUUCUUUGCCAGAUAUUGUGUAAGUGUCUGCAGCAGACAUUCUUCUGUUUACUAUGCUUUAAAUACCGUAUAUAACAAUGUGAAUUGCACUUGAGCACAUCAGGGAUUAACACAGUGUAAAAAAAAAAUGACUUCAAUCAUUUUGAGGCAAGCAAAAUAUUUUUAUAUUGAAAACAAGAAGAAAGAACAGAGAACGUUCUGUUUGUCACAAUGAAGAAAAGAUCAGCUUUCGCAUUCAUAUUGACACAGAAAACAUCGGCUCAGUCAAAUGAGCAACGCAGCUGCGCCGAAUUGCACGCACCAAAUACUCUAUAUUACAAAAGUGUACAAACCGUGUUGAUUUAAAACGGGGGUGGGAAAAAACAUUUGUGAAAGGAAU